GUCAGCGUGUGCAGCAGGUUCACAACCCACUGGCCCCGCAGCCCAGUCCCGCCUGUGGCCCGCAGCUCGAGGGAGCCCGUGGGUUCUCAGCGAGUGUGCUGGGUGUCCCCGUGCACGGUUGGGCGCGUCCCGACGUGAGCGAGCAGUGGCCAUGGGCACGCGCGGGCCCUAUGCGCUGGUGGACACCACGCCGGCCAAGACCAUCUUGGUGUACCGCAACGGGGACCAAUUCUACGUGGGCCGCAAGUUCGUGUUCUCGCGGCGCCGCGUGGCCAACUUCGAGUCUCUGCUGGAGCAGCUGACCGAGCAGGUGGACGUGCCCUUCGGUGUGCGGAGGCUCUACACGCCCACGCGCGGUCACCCGGUGCUGGAGCUGGACGCCUUGCAGACUGGUGGCAAGUAUGUGGCUGCGGGACGCGAGCGCUUCAAGAAACUGGACUAUAUUCAUAUAGUUCCCAGAAAACCUUCAAAGAUGAGAAAGUUGAAGGAAAUCAAGCCGGUGGUACAUUGCGAUAUCAACGUGCCUUCCAGGUGGCAAACACAGAACAGGCCAUCCCGACAUAUAAAUGUUUUCACAAAUGGAAGAUUGUUUAUCCCACCUAUAAAAAUUAUUAUACCCAAAUUCAGCCUGUCAGAUUGGAAUAGUGUGCUGGCCAUUAUUGGAGAAAAAGUCUUCCCUCCAGGAGGCGUACGGAAGUUGUUUACGAUGGAUGGGCAUCUUUUGGACAACUCAAAGGAUUUGCAAGACAGUUCUUUUUAUGUUGCUGCAGGACUGGAGACUUUCAAAUCUAUUCCUUACUGGAAGUCUCCACGGGUCCCCAGUGAGAUCCAGCAGAGGUUUGUGGGCUAUGACAAAUGCACACGGACAAAGAAAAAAGUGGAGCCCAAAGGAAAAGAACCUCUCAAAAGUGACAGUGUGCCACCUAAAAGCCAGGAUUCUGUUUACUAUGCCAAAGAGAAAAGGAAGACAGCACCGGGACCUUUAGAUCAAAGCGGUGCAGAAGGUGACGUGUAUAAAGCUCAGACUCCUGCUAAGGAGGCCCAAGAGGCCCUGGAAGUCAGGGAGGACCCGGAAGUGAAGGUGGAGGUCCCAGUUGACCAGGUACCAGCUGAAAUUGUUAAAGAAAUUGACGAGAUAGGCGACAACAACCCUGACCUGGAAAGCGGCGUGGAAAAGGAAGUAGAAAGGCUUUACGAAGACAUUGACAGAAAGGGAGACCAUUCACGAAUGUCUUUUAAGAAAAGGUUUCCCUUAAGACACUACAGAAAGAGAAAAGCAUCUCUCAAGAACUUCCGCAAGAAUAAAGAUGUGGUUCCGACUCCUGAAAAAGAACAACAUGACAUUAUAGAAGAGAAACCCACACCUGCACUGCCAGAAAGCAAAGAAGAAGCAGAAGUUCAAAGAGAGACACCAAUGGGACAAGAAUCACAAGAAGAGUCAUCAUUAACACAAGACCACAGACAUGAGCAACAAGAAUCAUCUUUGGGACCACCCCACCCAGAACAAAGACCUGAGCAACAGGAAUCCCCUGGGCAGUUGUCCUUGGAACCGUCACCCCCAGAGCAACAACCUGAACAACAGAAAGUAUCUGGACAGUCAUCCUUGGGACCAUCAUCCCCAGAGCAACAACUUGAACAACAAGAGGUAUCUGGACAGCCAUCCUUAGAACUAUUACCCUCAGAGCAACAACUUGAACAGCAAGAGGUAUCUAGACACUCAUCCUUGGGACCAUUACCCCAAGAGCAACAACUUGAACAACAACAAGUAUUUGGACAGUCAUCCUUGGAACCAUCACCCCUAGAGCAACAACUUGAACAAAAAGAGGUAUCUGAACAGCCAUCCUUGGGACCAUCAACUCCAGAGCAGCAACUUGAACGACAAGAGGUAUCUGAACAGCCAUCCUUGGAACCAUCACCCCUAGAGCAACAACUUGAACGACAAGAGGUAUCUGGACAGUCAUCCUUGGGACCAACAUCCCCAGAGCAACAACUUGAACAACAACAGUCCUCUGAAGAGUCAUCCUUGGGAUCAUUUUUAGAGCAACAUCCUGCGCAAUGAGAAUCUCCUAAAUAGACCACCAAUCCAAGAAUAUCCAUUCAAGCAGAAGGAAUCCCAUUGACAGUCAUCCUUGAGAUAACAGUCUCAGAAACAGAUGACUCUGGGACAACACAUGGCACAAAUACCAUGAAAAAAAACCUGCCAUGUUGUGAAGAGCAACAGUCAGGAACUGGACAGGACCACAGGCAAAUGAAAAUAAAAUCAAUUUAUUUUCAUAUUAUGCUGAGGUAUGCCAGAAGGCUAUUACAGUUAUGAACCUCAUAUUUUGAAGGCCAGACUUAAGGUUUAAAAGAUGAGUAAGAUUAAAUUCAUCUGGAAUACCUUUCUCUGUUUCCUGAUUAGAAGGGUGGAAGGGGACAGUUUACUUUUAGACUUAGUGUAUCUAGCUGCCUGGAGCAGGCCUGAUUGCUUUUAGCAAUAUCAGCUCACACCUGAUACCUCAGAAGUACUUGCUCACUUAAGACAAGGUCACAUAACACACAGAUGUCCAGAGUUAAUUCUCACUUAAAGUUUCUUCAAAUACCUACACAUAUGCAUUUAUACAUACAAAUACAUGGUGGAAGGCUGGGGCAGGUAGGCUCUGAAGAAUGGAUGCGUCGGUGGUGGCAGCAGCAGCAGCAGCAGCAGCAGCAACAAAGUAGGUUCACUCUCAAGCAGGGAGCAAAGGCCACUAGGCAAAAAGCAGCAUUUCUGCCCCUCAGACCUCUUUAUAUGUGGGUCACAGCUGGGAGAUGUCACCUAUUCUAGUGGAGGGUCUUUCCCCUUCCGUUAAUUCUGUCAAGAACUAUUCCCAUAGUUCUGCAUGGAGGUGUGCCCUUAGUCGGUCCCAGAUUCAGUCAAGUUGACAACCAGACUAAUCAUCACAGGCAGGGUUUGUGAUGGUGAUGGCAAGGAGUGGGGUGAGGGUGGGGACAGAGGUUUUCAAAUGAGGAAAUCCAUCAGAAGCACUUGGGUUACUUCCCUGAAGCCACACACUGAGGAGGUGAUGGGGCCAGGAUUUCCUUCCUGCCAUCUGGACCACGAGGGAGGGGUAGAGCCGGAUGACCUCCAGUGCCCUUGCCUGUCUUGACAACCCUCUGGCUCCAUGGUGCACAAGAGAUGAUAGAUCUGGCAGCAAGUCUUCCAUGCUCUCAACAGCUGUGCGUUUGGGCCCCGCCUUCCCGUGGUAUCAGUGGUGUUUGGCUGCAGAAGUGACUGAUGAUAAAAGCAUAAAACAACUGGCCCACCACCCAGACACCUCCGCCAAGUCUCCUAUGGCUAAGUCCCAGCAGUUAUAAAUAAUAAAACAAU